AUGUCCCCGCCAAUUCUCUUCAACCCAGCCCAGCAUGCACACCUCUUCCCCUCUCUAGUCUUAGUCCACAAGACAUGUAUCACCUCGGCACCCUACACAAUCGCCACCUUUCUCCCACCACUACAAGAAGAUCUCAUGGCUUCCUGGUGGCAAGACCGGAUUGAUGAAGUAUCCGCUGGUACUCGACAAAUUAUCAUGCAAAUGGCGCCAAACCAAACAACUGGGGCGGAAGAGUUGGCCGGGAAGAUGGGUUUUGCGAGGGCGAUGAUGGAGAAGUUGGAGGAGGUUGCGAAAAGUGCAGGGAGAGGAUUAUUGAUGCUGGAUACGGAAGUGGGAAGCCCGGCAGAGGUUGCGUAUCCGAGACUAGGAUAUAUUGAUGUGAGUUUUGUUCCGCCUGCCGUCUAG